AAUGGGCAAAAAUAAAAGUUGCGAUCCGACACUACGAAAAAUUAUCAUGAAGUUUGUCGAGCGUGGUUGGUCAUACCGAAGGAUAGCACAACAUUUAAAUUGUUCAAAAACUAUGGUAUGCAAUGCAGUGCAACAUUUCAAGAGCUAUAACACAGUUUUAAACGUGUCCAGAACAAAAAGAUCGAGAAAACCGACUCCGCAAGAAGAUAGAAUGAUAACCAGGUUAGCUAAGAAAGAUCCGUUUCUGGGCUCUAUUUUAAUUAAACACGAAGUGUUUGGGGCAAACGAAAGAGCCGGUGUAUCUGCGAGGACCGUUCGACGACGUUUGGUAGAAGCAGGGUUGUUCGGAAGAGUGGCUCGCAAAGUACCGUUGUUGAAGAAAGAACAUAGAAAUGCUCGUUUGGCAUUUGCACGUAAAUAUGGACAUUGGACCUACGCCCAAUGGCAACAUGUACUUUUCUCUGACGAGACCAAGGUUAAUUUGAUUUCUUCAGAUGGAAGGCAAUAUGUACGGCGUCCUGUAAAAGCGGAAAUGAAUCCAAGAUUCACAAAAAAACAGGUGAAACAUGGCGGUGGAAACAUUAAAAUGUGGGGUUCAUUUUCUGGACGUGGAGUGGGACCUGUGAGGAAAGUUCAGGGUAGCUUAAACCAACAUCAAUACAAGGCAAUAUUGGAAGAAACUAUGCUUCCCUAUGCUGAGGAGCAUCUCCCUAUUAUAUGGACGUUUCAGCAGGAUAACGACCCGAAACAUACCGCCCAUUCAGUCAAGUCGUUUCUUACCAAUCAGUUUGUAUCGGUGCUAGAUUGGCCAGCAAAUAGCCCGGACCUCAACCCAAUUGAGCACCUUUGGCACGAAAUCAAGAAAAAAGUUGCCACUUAUCGUAAUACAAAUUUGGAUGAAGUUCAUGAAGCUUUUUGUGAGGCAUGGGCAAACAUGCCUGUCGAAACAUGUCAGAAACUGAUAAUGUCUAUGCCACAUCGGUGUCAAGCGGUAAUUACUAACAAAGGUUUUGCUACUGGGUACUGAUUUUACACGUAAUAAAAUGGAGCUGUUAAAGAUAUUAUAACACUGAAGAUUAUAAGUUUUGUGUAACUGUAUUUUUCAUUAUACUUUACUGUCCUUAAUUAAAUGUCCACUACAGAAUUGUACCUUAAUAUUUAAUACAUGUUUAAUCUUUGAUAUUAAAUACUUUUUCUAUUUAUUAAAUCUUUUAUUUACAGCCAUUUAUAGCAUAAUAAUCGGACCACAUUAUGCAAAUAAUAGGUGCUGAGAAAUCAAUAGGGUUUUAUAUUUAAAUGUACAAAACCGGUUAUAGCCCUUCACUAUCUUGAAUGUCCCUAAUUAGUUGACCACGACUGUAUAUAUUAUAUUAUAAAAGAAUAGCUUGUAUGGUGAGAUACUCUUGCCUUUCCAGUUGGAAAAAUAGAACUAUUCAGAUUGUCAAUUGUCAGUUGAUUGUCAGAAACUCAAAUUGACAUUGACAUUUCGGCAAGUGGCGCAUAGUGCAUACUUCUAAAUUAGAUAUUUAAGUUUUUUACAAUUAUUCGCAUAUAUUAUUUUAUCAAUAGUUUUUUUAAGUAAUAAUUAUAAUAUAUUAGAAAGCUGUACGUAUAUUUAUAAUGUCGCACCAAACAGGUAUUCAAGCAAAUGCUGAGUUAAAGAAGUACAUCAGCAAAUGCCGGGAUAGUAAACUUCGUGUUUUAAAAGUCACUAUUGAAAAUGAACAGCUGACAAUGGCUAAGCAUUUUUCCACAAAAGGAACAUGGGAGCAUGAUUUUGAUAAAUAUGUACCAUCAUUGAUUGAGGAAGAUCAACCUUGUUAUAUAUUAUAUAGGUUUGAUUCAAAAAAUUCCCUUGGUCACGAAUGGUUGCUGUUGAGUUGGUCCCCAGAUAGUGCACCCGUUAGGCAGAAAAUGCUAUAUGCUUCAACGAAAGCCACAUUGAAACAAGAAUUUGGUUCCGCCCAUAUUAAGGAUGAGAUGCAUGCAACUGUUAAGGAAGAAGUCUCUCUGAAAGGCUACAAGGCGCAUUUGAGCGGAGUGAGUGCUCCCGCCCCCCUCACGGAUAGAGAGGAAGCCUUGAAAGAGUUGCAAGAAAGCGAACAUAACACCAACUAUGGGGUUGAUGCCAGGCAAUCAACAAUGGGUGGUGUAGCCUUUCCGAUAACAGAAGCCGCUAAGCAAGGAAUAGUUGAUCUCCAAAGAGGUUCCUAUAAUUAUUUACAAUUUAGAAUAGAUUUAGAAGAAGAAAAGAUUAACUUAUCGAAAGCGUCAAAGAUAUUAUUAGAAGAAUUACCUCUCCAAGUUCCCAAUGAUCAAGCCAGAUAUCACCUUUACAUAUUCACACACACGCACGAGGGAGACCACAUGGACAGUACAGUAUUCAUCUACUCAAUGCCCGGCUACAACUGUAGUAUAAAAGAGCGAAUGAUGUAUUCAAGUUGCAAAGGACAGUUCUUAGAAAUCAUAGAGAAAAUGGGCGUCGAAAUAACAAAAAGAUUGGAAAUCGACGAUGGCAAAGAACUGACCGAAGAAUAUCUAUAUGAUGAAAUACAUCCGAAGAGAAACUUACACCGUCCAGCUUUUGCCAAACCUAAAGGCCCUCCGAAUAGGGGUGCCAAACGUAUCACAAAAUCACAGACCUCUCAGUAGUAAGAUAUUUAAAUGUUUUUACUAUUAUAUUAUUUUAUACUCUUAAAUCAUGCCAAGUAGUUUUUAAGUAUAUUACCUGAACGAAUUUACCUAUUUUUUUGUGCCGAAAAUUGUUUAUAAAAUUUCAAUGCUUUUGCUGGGUUUUUUUAUAUGAUAAAAAUAAUUUUUAUACAGUACAUUACUGUAUAUUUUAAUGAAAUUACAUUAUCAUUUUUUAAUCUAUUGCUUCUUUGUUUUAAAUGCACCAGCAACAAAGGCUGUGUGAUUGAUUUUCUUCAAUUUUUUUUAGCUUUUUUAAUGUAUUUAUUCUCCUAAAUUAUUUGAUCCAUAUUUCAUACGUAUUUCGUGCAAUAAUAUUCAAUGUUUGGAAUAUUUUAUUUAUAAGUUGAAAAUCAAGUGGAAGUCAGCUUUUAUGGAACGUAUUAUCUAAUAAUUAUAUAUCGUGUGGUAUUUAGUUUAAGAGAUAUUUUGGUUAAUACGCGACAUAUAUCUUUGUAAUUAAAGGUCCGUUUUAUUUGGUAUUAGUAUAAGUAUCAACAGUACGAUAUCUUUAUUUAAACUUCAAUUAUGUUUACGAUAUUCAAAGAGCUGAAGAAGUUUUUUUUUUUACGUUUUUUUUUUUAAGUUUUAAACUUUAAAUAGCUCUUAUAAAGUUGCAAAAACAGCCUUUCCGAUAUAUACCUAUAUACCACUCGAUAUAUACCUAGUUGUCAUUUAAAUAAGGUUUAUUUAUAUCAUGUAUUGUUUUCUAUAUAGGUUAUUAAAUUAUAGAAUGAAACGAAAUGUAUUAUGGAGUCAUUAUAUUAUUAUAUCAAGUGAUUUUAAGAAGUCAGUAUUUAUUUAGUUUCUUGCCUUUUAUAGGCGUAAGCUGUAUGUUUGUACAACGUAUAUUGUUUUUACGAAGUACGCCUGAGAAUCAAUUGAAGCUAAAUUGAUCUGAUGAUUGUUAAAAAUCCGAAAUUUUUAUUUCAAUGUUACGAUUCUACGUCGCGAUCAAAUCUCGUUAAAAAGCAGUGCUUUGAGACUGCCUUUUUUAAUUGAAACCUUAUAUUAUUAUAAUAUACAUUAAGUGCGGAAGUUUCGUUGCAAACAUAAAUGGCUCUGACGGAUAAUUAACGUUUAUACAAAUAGUAUCUAUAGUAAAGGUUUUAUAUGUAUGAAAUUAAUGUAGAAAAUGCAUAAUAUUUUUCGUAAUUGAUAAAUUGUAUUUUUGUUAGUGUCGCAAUAUGCAUGUCUUUUCACUUGAAAAAAUCAGAGCAGUACACUGCACGUGCUCAGAAAAUACUGAUUUAUUAUUGUGGGCGAAUGAAUCGAAUAAAUUGAACCAAACAUACUGUGUAUUAAAAAUAACUAAAAAAUAAAUGUAGCCGACAUACGAAUGUUCGUACAAAAUUCAUGACAAUAAUAAAGUAUUAAAGCUGCGUAUUUGUUAAAUCGAGUAAUUUAUAACUAAAAUUACUACUGGUUGGAAAUAAAACACGUGAAAAUUUGUCGCUAUAUACAGAUUUUUUGUUCUCUCGUAAAUUGAGUUUGGAUAUGCUUACGAAUGGUUACACGUUUUUUUUGCAAUGUAAUAUUAUCAUUCGCAUAUAUAUUUACACCCUUUUUUUAAAAGUGCCAAUGAAAUUAUGCUUUUUUUACACUGCCUAAAACUUCGGUUGUGUACUGUACCAUUUGAAAUUUGUUUGAAAAUAUUUAAUAAAAUCGUGAUUUUGCUUGUUUACAACUAAAUAUUCUAAUUAUUUUAUUAUUAAAAUUAAUAAAUGAAUAUUAAUGCAAAAAAAUCUCCCAUGUUUUAUGCACAAAAUUGUAUUGUAUAUAAUGUAGGUACUUGAUAUUUUUGUAUACCCUGAAUAAGAGAUCGUAUUGUGCGGAAACAUUUUUUGUAUCUGUUCAUCAAUAUAGUAGUAUUUUCAUUCAUAA